UCUGUAUGUGGUGUUAAUGUCUCUCGCUCUCUGUCUCUGUAUGUGGUGUUAAUGUCUCUCGCUCUCUCUCUCUGUAUGUGGUGUUAAUGUCUCUCUCUCUGUAUAUGGUGUUAAUGUCUCUCUCUCUCUCUCUCUGUAUAUGGUGUUAAUGUCUCUCGCUCUCUCUCUCUGUAUGUGGUGUUAAUGUCUCUCUCUCUGUAGAUCUGGGUCAUGGCGCUCUCUGUGUGCUGUAUAUUCGCCAUCACCAUCGGAACCUUCCCCACCGUCACUGUGGACGUCAAGUCUAUCGUGGAACCGGGGAGCAAAUGGGAAAUGUACUUCAUCCCGGUUUCCUGUUUCCUCAUCUUCAACGUGAUGGACUGGGCUGGGAGGAGCCUGACGGCCGUGUGCAUGUGGCCCGGGAAGGACAGCUGGCUGCUCCCGGCCCUGGUGGUCCUGCGCGUGGUGUUUGUGCCCCUCUUCAUGCUGUGCAACGUGCAGCCGCGCACCUACACGCCCGUGGUGUUCCAGCACGACGCCUGGUACAUCCUGUUCAUGGUGCUGUUCGCCUUCAGCAACGGCUACCUGGCCAGCCUCUGCAUGUGCUUCGGGCCAAAGAAGGUGGCAGUGCAUGAGGCAGAGACGGCGGGGGCCGUGAUGGCGUUCUUCCUGUCCCUGGGCCUGGCUCUGGGGGCCGCCAUGUCGUUCGCCAUCCGGACCCUGGUGUAGCGCGCGGCCCGGGGAGGACGCUCUUCAGCCUGCUGCCGGCGGAGAGCCGCCAUCGUCCCCGGAGACGCAAACAGAACUGAACACUUUUCUUUUGUUUGUUUUUAUUUGCAAUGCGCCUUAACGACAGAAAAAAAAGAGAAUUUUGUAAAAAGAAAAAGAAAAAAAUUCUGUAUGAACAAUUUACAUUUUUUAAAAAGCUGUAUAAACAAAGUGUGUGUGAGCUCUGCCGCGUGUGUCACGGGCGAGCUGUGUGUCGAGCCAGCGGGGGUGGAGUUCACCUGAGGCGCUCCACCCAAAACAAAUUACAGCCCAACUGUCGGGAUCCUAAUUCCACCCACACGUCAGCGCCACUGCAGAACCAGUCUGUGCUGUGUACAGAGUGUGUAUCGCCUGCCAUAAGGAUCACAGACCACCGCAUCCAGUGACGAACCCGCGAUUAACGCCUAACCUCCAACAGCACACGUCUAGCGUAACCAUGCCAACGGACAGAUUAUUCUAAUUUUAUUUAUUUAUUUCUCUGUCCAUGUGCUUUGUCUCAGUUUUAUUUUAUUUUGUUAAGAUUUUUUUGCCCCAGCCGUACGUUAGAGAAAGCGCGAUGCCGGAGAAGGGGAGCCUGUUGUCUGUCUCCGUUAUAAAACCACACUGUUUGACUAAAAAGUCUAUUUUUUUAAACUAUCGUACAGAGAUGGUCACGUCAUUUUGUGUGGGGAAAAAGACAUUGCUCUUCAGUACUUCUUAAAUAACUUUUUUAAAUUGUGUAUUUUAUUUUUUAAUAUUAUAGUGUUUGAAUUGCUCUGAAUAUCUUUUUGUACGAGAAGUAUAAGAUAUCCCACUGCCUGCAGCGAUCGCUUCCACGCUUCGUCACCAUGGACUCCGUUUACUGAGCUGCUGCGGGUUGAUGACGUCACUACCGCCUGCCAAGUAAACAUCACGGGAGGAGGAACAGGCCCGCGUCCCAAUCGUCUUACUUGCAUACAGCCUGUGUACUCAGUAGCAGGCAACGUGCCUACUCAAUAAUAGGCCAGUACGCCAGUUUUAGACGGCCUAAAUUUACCAUGAGGUGCUGGUGUGUGAUGACAUCAUCACUCGUCGCCUGCCAAGUGAACCAAGUCAAACUUUACAUUUGUAAUGUAACCGUGUACAAAAAAAUAAACACUGCAUUUGUAGAAAAAA